AUGAAAUUAUUCUCGCGCGCUAUGAGUUAUGUUGCUAAAUGUGUUGAUGUGGAAUAUCAAAUACGAGACGAAAAAUUCCUACAAGAACAAGGAGGAGCUAUCAUCAUUGGCAAUCAUCAGAGUUCACUGGACACCUUGGCGCUGUGUCACAUAUGGAAUGCAGUGAAAUAUGCGAUUACUGUAAUAAUAAAAAAGGAGUUAUUUUAUGCUUUGCCAUUUGGUCCCUCCGCAUACCUGGCUGGGGUCAUUUUCAUAAACAGAAACAACUCAAGAAGUGCGUACAAAGAACUUCAAGAAAUAAAAGAACGUAUGGUAAACCAAAAGGUUAAGAUUUGGUUUUUCCCUGAAGGUACGAGGAACGAAGAAUACACAAAACUGUUACCAUUUAAAAAAGGCGCCUUCAACUUAGCAGUGGAAGCGCAAGUACCAAUCAUACCCGUUGUGAUGUCCCCCUACUAUUUCGUAAAUAACAAAAAAUGUAUUUUCAAUAAAGGUCAUGUCGUGAUUCAAUGCCUCGAACCUGUUCCGACAGCUGGGCUUACCAGAGACGAUGUCCCAGCUCUUAUUAAGAUAUGUUACGAUAAAAUGACAGUAGCCUGCAAGGAAUUAUCUAAAGAGAUUUUCGACACAAACCUUUAA